CGACUAGCGACCGUUCCUCCGAGCGUGCGACUCGUCCCUCGAGCGGGCUUCUUUCCGCAGUGCGUGGUGGACUCCUGUUGCGCUUCGUCUGGCCAGUCACCUCUUGUCAGACUAUCACGGUCACUCGUUCGCGCUCUGACGUCUUCCGUUGUCACGAACGGACUCGGGUGAUGAGGCAGAUCGCGCCUCUUUGAGUGCUGCGUUUUUGCCGUGGCCUCUGAAAUCACGCUAGGGUGGCACUGAGCUGGACCACGGUCGCAGGAGGAGGCGACUGCCGAGUGAGAACUGAAACAGCCUGAGACAGUGUGGGUGACGGAGGCCAGAGACGUGCAGUGUCGCAGCUGUGCGGCGGACGGCACAGUUGUGUGGCGAGCGUGUGUGGGUGUGGCGAGUGACGGUGGUACAUUUGUGUGGUUGGUGGUGAACAGUCAGUUGUACGGCCAGCUCUCCGAACUGCGGAAGUGUUCGGUUGGACGUGCUGAUUCUGAGCGAUGGGACUUUCGGGUGAACUUUGAUUAGGUGAUAGUGGUAAACCAGCAGUAGUGAAAAUAAGAUAUUCUUGGACUUAGUGCAUAAUUUACCGACCUGAUCAAGGGCAAAGAGCAGCCUGGUGGCGCCAGGCUUUCAAAGACUGCACUUGCUGCGUGCUUGGUCGGUGAUAACUCUCGAAUCACAGGACAUUGUGCUUCGUAUGAGCCACUAAUCGCAGGACAAAGCCCUCUACCACCGUUCACACACCGGUCGAGUCGUGCGGUGUUUGAACCGGUUCGUAACAGCACUAACCCUGCGGGUGAACCACCCCCUGCGCCUGCCAACCCGUGACAGUCAGCCGGGUUUGCGGAUUUUGCGUGCGGAGUGCGAGUGGCGACUCAGGUGCGUUCGUUGCGUGCAAGGGACAGUGCUUUCGCCGCCUUGGCAAAGCGGUCACGGGGUUGUGUUGACCGCGAGUCACUCCUCGGAGGGUGACAUCCAGCGAACAAGAUGCGGAACAUAGGUCAUGUGGUUCACCACGCGCCUCGCCACCGCCAAGCCGGUCCGGGCGGCCAUGGGACAGGCGCUGCGACGCCCUCCGGCGGCGGCGGCGCCGGCGGCACAGCCGACAAGCCGCUGAGCUCCGCCUGGGCGUCGGCACUCGGCGCCGCCACCACCAUGCAGAACGGCGAGAAGCCGGGGGAGCCAGCGCGCCGCGCGCCGCGCCGGCCCAUCAAGGUGCAGCCGGACCGGCCACCGCGCGCCCUCUUCUGUCUCGGACUGAAGAACCCACUCCGGCAGGCGUGCAUACGCAUCGUCGAGUGGAAGCCGUUCGAGACGUUGAUUCUGCUGACAAUUUUCGCCAACUGCGCGGCACUGGCCGUGUACACACCGUACCCGAAUGGCGACUCCAACAACACCAACUCAAUCUUGGAACGGAUUGAGUACAUUUUUCUGGUGAUCUUCACAGCCGAGUGUGUUAUGCGAAUCAUCGCGUACGGCUUUGCGUUCCACCCGGGCGCCUACUUGCGCAACGUAUGGAACAUCUUAGAUUUUAGCAUUGUUGUUAUAGGUAUUGUAAGUACGGCGCUGUCUUCACUUAUAGAGGAAGGCUUCGACGUCAAGGCCCUGAGGGCAUUUCGAGUGUUACGACCCCUGCGGCUUGUCUCCGGUGUACCAAGUCUACAGGUGGUCCUGAACUCUAUUCUUCGCGCCAUGGUGCCUUUGCUUCACAUUGCGCUACUUGUGAUAUUCGUCAUCAUCAUCUAUGCCAUCAUCGGGUUGGAGCUGUUCAAGGGGAAGCUGCACAGCACCUGUUACCAUAACCAGACGGGUGAAAUGAUAGGCGAGCCGUCACCAUGUGCCAAUCCGUCGUCGAGUGGGUUCCACUGCCCCGACCAAUACGAGUGCAAGGAGGAGUGGGAGGGGCCCAACUUCGGCAUCACCAACUUCGACAACUUCGGCCUGGCCAUGCUGACCGUGUUUCAGUGCAUCACCAUGGAGGGCUGGACGGACGUUAUGUACUACAUUCAGGAUGCAUCAGGCCAGUCGUGGCCCUGGAUAUAUUUCAUAUCGAUGAUGAUCGUCGGCGCUUUCUUUGUUAUGAAUCUUAUUCUCGGUGUGCUAAGCGGAGAGUUCUCCAAGGAAAGAGAGAAGGCGAAAGCUCGCGGUGACUUCCAGAAACUGCGAGAAAAACAGCAACUGGAAGAGGAUCUGCGCGGUUACCUGGACUGGAUCACGCAGGCGGAGUACCUGGAACCGGAGGAAGACGAGCCGGGUGACGAGACCAAACUCCAUGAACACGUGGAAGAAGAUGACGCCCAGGCAGAGGACGGCGCUGAAGUGGUCGACAGCAGACACCUCUCGUGCUGGGCGAAAAAGCGGAAAGGAUUCGAAAAAUGGAACCGGCGAAUGAAGCGCUCGUUCCGCGUGGCCGUCAAGUCGCAGUCGUUCUACUGGCUCAUCAUCGUCCUGGUGUUUCUGAACACGGGAGUGUUGGCCACGGAACACUACGACCAGCCGCCCUGGCUCGACCAGUUUCAGGAAAUUGGCAACCUGUUUUUUAUCGUGCUUUUUACAAUUGAGAUGCUGGUCAAGAUGUACGCCCUCGGUUUCCAGAGUUAUUUCGUGUCGCUGUUCAACCGUUUCGACUGUUUUGUGGUGAUCAGCAGUAUAAUGGAAGUACUGCUGACCAAGACGGGCGUUAUGCCGCCCCUCGGUGUCUCCGUGCUCCGCUGUGUCCGGCUGCUCCGGGUGUUUAAGGUCACCAGGUACUGGCGCUCCCUCUCCAACCUAGUGGCAUCCCUCCUGAACUCUAUCCAGUCCAUCGCCUCGCUCCUGCUGCUCCUGUUCCUUUUCAUCGUCAUCUUCGCUCUGCUCGGUAUGCAGGUAUUCGGCGGCAAGUUUAACUUUGACGACUCGGAUGACAAGCCGCGCAGCAACUUCGAUUCGUUUGUGCAGAGCCUGUUGACAGUGUUCCAGAUCCUCACCGGUGAGGACUGGAACGUCGUCAUGUACCACGGUAUCGAGGCGUACGGCGGAGUGGGAGGCGUCGGCGCACUGGCCUGCUCCUACUUCAUCAUACUGUUCAUCUGCGGCAACUAUAUUCUGCUGAACGUAUUCUUGGCUAUCGCCGUGGACAACUUGGCAGACGCCGAGUCACUGACAGCCAUCGAGAAAGAGGAGGAAGAGGAGAAAGCUCGCUCUCGCUCGCGGAGCGGAUCCCCUCGUAAGGACGGAGACCGGAUAGAAGAAGGCGGAGAUCAGGAUCGGUCGCCGUAUGGCUCUCAGAAGCUGGCAGAGCUCAACCACGUCGGGCCCGACCGGGCGGGAAGUCAGACCAGCGUCGACAUGGGCGACGAUGACAUGGGCGACGAAGAGUACGAUAACUACGACGAGGACGGGCGUCGCCGACGCGACUCAGGCAGCGACGGCGACUCGGGGAGCGGCGUCGAUGUCGACGAGCUUCCGCCGACGAUGCGGCCGCGCCGGCUGUCGCAGCUCUCCAUCAAGAACAAGAUCAAGCCGAUGCCGCAGUACAGUAGUUUCUUUGUGUUCUCGCCCACCAACAGGUUCCGCAUCUUCUGCCACUGGUUCUGCAACCACAGCUUCUUCGGCAACGUCAUCUUGGUGUGUAUCCUGGUGUCGUCGGCAAUGCUGGCUGCCGAGGACCCUUUGGACCCGCACACUGCCAGGAACAAGAUUCUCAACCACUUUGACUACUUCUUCACGGCUGUGUUCACCGUGGAGAUCUGCUUCAAGGUGAUCGCCUACGGGUUCAUACUGCACCCCGGCUCGUUCUGCCGGUCGGCCUUCAAUCUGCUCGAUAUUCUCGUCGUGGCAGUGUCGCUCAUAUCGUUUAUAUUCAGCUCUGGAGCCAUCUCUGUGGUCAAGAUCCUGCGUGUGGCGCGCGUGCUGCGACCGCUACGAGCCAUCAACAGAGCCAAGGGACUCAAGCACGUGGUGCAAUGCGUCAUCGUGGCCAUCAAGACCAUCUGGAAUAUCAUGCUGGUCACGUGUCUGCUCGAGUUCAUGUUUGCCGUUAUCGGUGUACAGCUGUUCAAGGGAAAGUUCUUCUUCUGCAACGACAGAUCCAAACUCACCGAGCUAGAGUGCAGGGGUCAGUAUAUCGAGUUUGCCGAGGGUGAUGUCAGUCGUCCCAACACCGUGGAGCGCGAAUGGACCAAGAACGAUUUUCACUUUGACGACGUCGGCAAGGCCAUGCUGACCCUCUUCACCGUGUCCACCUUCGAGGGCUGGCCAAAUCUGCUCUACACAUCGAUCGACUCUCAUACGGAGGACGAGGGUCCGAUCUACAACUACCGACCGAUGGUGGCCAUCUACUACUUCAUCUAUAUCAUCAUCAUUGCCUUCUUCAUGGUCAACAUCUUCGUCGGUUUCGUUAUCGUCACAUUCCAGAGCGAGGGAGAGCAGGAGUAUAAGAACAUCGAUUUGGACAAAAACCAGCGCAACUGUAUAGAGUUCGCGCUGAAGGCUCGCCCGGUGCGUCGCUACAUCCCCAAGCACCGUCUCCAGUACCGCGUGUGGUGGUUCGUCACCUCACAGCCCUUCGAGUACUUCAUAUUCGUACUCAUCCUCUGCAACACCAUCACUCUGGCCAUGGGCUUCUACAAGCAGCCGGACGCCUAUACUGAGGCGCUGGACGUGCUGAAUCUCAUCUUCUCGUCAGCGUUCGCCGUCGAGUGUGUGCUCAAGCUGAUUGCGUUCAGGUUUAAGAACUACUUCAGCGAUCCGUGGAACGUGUUUGAUUUUAUCAUUGUGCUGGGAUCGUUUAUCGACAUUUCGCUCGGCAAACUCAACUCUGACGGGCCGGCCAACAAGAUGAUCAGCAUCAACUUCUUCCGUCUUUUCCGUGUAAUGCGUCUGGUGAAGCUGCUCUCGCGCGGCGAGGGCAUCCGCACGCUGCUCUGGACCUUCAUCAAGUCGUUCCAGGCGUUGCCGUACGUCGCGCUGCUCAUCGUCAUGCUGUUCUUCAUCUACGCGGUGGUCGGGAUGCAGGUGUUUGGAAAGAUUGCGAUUGACGAGGAGACGUCGAUACACCGGAACAACAACUUCCAGACGUUUCCGCAGGCGGUGUUGGUGCUGUUUCGGUCGGCCACAGGCGAGGCAUGGCAGGACAUUAUGCUCGCCUGCGUGUCCGGCAAGUGUGAUGCGGCUUCGGACGAAGAGCCGGAGGAUACAUGUGGCACCGUCUUCGCGAUACCUUACUUCGUCAGUUUCUACAUCUUGUGUUCCUUCUUGGUCAUCAACCUGUUCGUGGCCGUCAUCAUGGACAACUUUGACUACCUGACGCGCGACUGGUCCAUCCUGGGCCCUCACCACCUGGACGAGUUUGUGCGGCUCUGGUCCGAGUACGAUCCCGACGCCAAGGGACGAAUAAAACAUGUCGACGUCGUCACCCUGCUGCGGAAAAUCUCUCCGCCGCUCGGCUUCGGCAAACUGUGUCCGCACCGCGUGGCGUGCAAAAGACUCGUGUCGAUGAACAUGCCCCUGAACGCGGACGGUACGGUGAUGUUUAACGCUACACUGUUUGCCGUGGUGAGGACAUCACUUAGGAUAAAAACUGACGGCAACAUUGACGAAAUGAACGCCGAGCUGCGCACUAUCAUCAAGAAAGUGUGGAAGCGGACGUCGCCAAAGCUGCUGGAUCAAGUCGUCCCGCCGCCGGGCGGUGAGGGUGUCGAGGACGACGUGACGGUCGGCAAGUUCUACGCCACCUUCCUCAUCCAGGACUACUUCCGCAAGUUCAAGAAGAAGAAGAAGGACGAACACUCGCGCACUCAGGGUGAAAACGAUACGACAACCGUCACUCUACAGGCCGGUCUGCGAACUCUUCACGAGGCCGGUCCGGAGCUGAAGAGGGCCAUCUCGGGUAACCUCGACCAGAUGCUGGCCGAGGACACGCCCAUGCAUAGGCGAAAUCACAUGCUGUUCGGACGAGUGUGGUCAAGUUUCCGCAGCAAGAACCGAGCGGCCCGCGCGGCCCGUCACGCCGCGGCGCCGGCCACCACCAACAACGGGCAUCAUUUGCCGGUGAACGGCGGCGCGGUGGGUCGCAGCAGUUCGGGAGACGGAGAGGCCAUACCGCUCCAGACACUCCAACCGGCGACUAGGUCGGGCCGCAGCAGCAGCUCCCACUGCAUUCCACUGCUCGGAGAGGGACUAAGAGAGCUGGCGCGCACACAGGCGCUCGUGCUGACCAGUCUCUCGCCGACACCGCCUCCGGCCACGCCCGGCCUAGUGCCGAGCAGCCACUGGAGGCCAGGCGCUGACAUGCCCGGUGUCGGCGGCGGCGGCGGGGGUGUCGGUAGCGGCGGCGUGGCGCUGUCUCGCUCAGUUCCCAGCAGUCCACACCAGCAGCACGUCAGGAUCGACCGGCCACUCUCCGAGGUGGUCGGGUCGGCUGAUAACCUCGUAGGAAGGGUGCUGACUGACCAGGGCCUGGGCGCGUUCUGCGCAGACCCGCAGUUUGUGCGCACGGCCAGCCGAGAGCUGCAGGAGGCCAUCAACAUGACGCCAGAGCAGAUGGACCGCGCCGCGCACAUGCUGCUGUCGCGAUCGCCGCCGCCGCCGCCGCCGCCGCCGGCGCGGUAGCGCGCCGCCGCGCCACCGGGGCCUCAAGUGCCUGGCAGGGACACUGCCCGCCCUCCCCUCCCCAUUUUGUGAUACGGCCCAGUCUAGUCCCUCUCAGCUCAGGAGGCCGACGGAGGCCGGUCGGCUGCCGUCAUUUUGUACCGCCGGGCCGCCGCACAGAGACCGGGCCCCUCGCGCGCCGCCCGACCUCCGCGCCCGCACAGAACGAGAGAGUGAGAGAGAGUGAGAGUUUAGAGAGAGUUGUGAACGAGAGCGAGAGAGAUCUUGGACCAUUAUAUGUCUUUCCCAUCAACCGUCGGCGCAGUUUGACGUUUCUCUGACGAGGUCCGUGGACUUGACCGCGGCCGGUGCCUGAAGAUUAUAUUAUAUAUACCAGCACAAACCAUUCGUCCAUUUUUCACCUUGUCGUUGGUGACGUCACUGGCGUUCUCGUCGUUGAUUGGCUGCGCUUUUGAUGGGCGGCCGGCUACCUUGGGGCCGGUCCGCGCGCGGCCUCUCGCCCCCAGAUACCUUUGAACGAUGCCAUUGUUUCUGCUGGUUCGGAAACCGGCUGAUGUGCGCAUGCGCGCGCCCGCUGCGCUCAUUGGUCGCUAGGCAUGCCCCGUUUUGCAGCAUUUUGUGAUGGGCAACUGUGCCGCCUCGUUGGCGACGUUGGGCGGCGCUGCGCGCCGUCGACAAUGUGGGUUUUCGUACUUGGCCUCACGUGUGUGCGUGUGUCGUGUUUGGGAAAGGCGCGUGCGAGAGCGAUGGAGUUUGGGUCCGCUCCCGGACCCGCUCCGUAAGUGCAAUCGGUAGGGUGCCGGCCGGCCGGGCGGCCGCCGCCUGCCGCCGCCAGCCGUCCGCCCCACCACUCAGGGGCGAACGGCGCAAUCAAAACGGCCGGCCGCGCACAGUGCCGCGCGCGCGCGCGUGUUCGAUCUUACUCCGGUGACAUAAUACAUAUUGUCCUCCCAGGUAGAA